AUGCGACAGACGCUGGAAAGGCAAGCCCCCUACCGGCAAACAAACACUCGGCUGCCCCUCCGUACCGUGUCCGAGAAAUUCAGCAGCAUCGAGAAGCUCACGUCCGAACACAGACGCCAGAUGGCCUCCAAGACGAUCACCGACAGGUCCGCGGCUGCCCGACAGGUCUACCGAUUCCGGGCCCAUCUCCUCGAGAACGAUGCACAAAGCAAGAAGCUCGCCGUCAUCGACGACGUUGACCCGGGUCAUGAGUAUCUCAAGGCUCUCGGCUGGGACGAGGUGCCGGACGGCAAGGUGGAGGAGGGCUGGCGGAAAACUUGGGACGACCAUAAGGACGGCGUGGGGAACUUUGGCACGUGGAUGAACGUUCACUUCAAGAGAUGGAGGGAACAAUGGGUGAAGCUGGACGAGGAGGCGGCUCGGCGUACAGAAGCCCAGAGCGCUUCUGACGCCGAGGUUCCACAGCUCGAUGCAGACCCUGUCCUCGGCCAGGAGUUUCCCACUUUGGCCGCCGCCGCAGUUGAUAUAGAGCAGCAAACGAGCCCGCCUGCAGCUGAAGUAGCGGCCGAACAGAUAGUCGCGCAGGGACUGUCGCAUGGGCAGGACGGGGCGGAGACACGCCAGGCCUUCAUGAGCCAGCACCACAGACCGUCGACGACCUCUCGGCGGAUGCCAGAGAACGAGGCAUACGAUGCUCGGAUUGAUGUCGCAGUGUUGUGA